AUGUCAACUAAUAAUAUUCUUAAUAUUGUCAACAGUCUUGCUAAUGAAACUAAUGCAUUAAAUGAAGGAGAAUUAGUUUAUUUAUUUGAAUAUCUUACUGACAAUGAUACAAAAAAAUCUGAUGUGAAGAAAUUUCUUAUAUUUUGUUCAAACAAUAAUGCUAAGCUUUCAUACUUAAGAGUAAUAUUGAAUAAACCUGAAACUGGUCUGGCCUAUUAUUAUUGUGAGCAAGAAAUGAAAUAUUCUCAAGAGAAAAGAGGAAUCACAUUUGGUCGAAUUAAAACUUCUUAUGAGUUAUUUGAACUGAUAAAAAGUAUAAUUCCUUUAAAAGAAGAGGAACAAGAGCUUUCUGAUGAUUUUGAUCUUGAAAAACAAUUAAUGAGUCUCGUUAAGAAUCUUACAACCAAAGCUGAAUAUUUAUCAGACAGAGAAUAUAAUAUCUACACAGGCUUCAAAAAUUUGGAAAAAUAUCCUCCUGGUCGACCUACCAGUAUCAACUGUAUUAUCAUAUUGAAACUAAUGAAAAGUGCUUUUAUUUCAUAUUCUAUGACAGGAAGACCAAUAAUAACAUUUGCCACUUUAUCUGAAAGUAGAAUGUUUUUUGUAAAAGUGAAAAUAAGGAAAAAGAAGCAAUUAGAAAUUACAAUUACCUUUUUGAAGAUUUUGAAAGAUCUUCCUAGCUGUUACCAUAUGCUUAGAGCGGUGGCAGAAUGGGAGAAAACUGAGAAUGCUCCUAAAGGAUUUUGCCUAAUAUGUUACCCACCAAAUAUGGUAGGAUCUGAUAUUUCAAUUGCAUUUUUCUUUCUAAGAGCAGAAGAUGAUAUGCAAUUGGAUGAAGAAUGA